AGCAAUUAUAACACCCUCAGGAUGGAGCAGCAAUUACUAAGAGGAAUGAUAAGGCCGAUCGGGUCUCGUGAUUAUAGUGGGCUCUUCCCCUCAUUCCCAUGUCCUAUCCAUGCUCCUUAUCCUGCGCUCUGCGGUUUGAUGAUGUCCUUAUCUGCGGCCUCUCUGGUUUCGCAUUUGCUUGUCCAAGCCACUGCCAUCGGGUGUCUCUGGUGAUUCUUUACAAUGCAAGCUGAACCUCGCAGAUUAAAACGAACGGCGAACGCGUGUGUCGCCUGUCGCCAGAGCAAGAUCAAAUGCUCCGGGAACGAGCCGUGUGCCAAUUGUCAGAGACGCACCCUGCCUUGUCGGUUUGUCGAAGAAAGCCGCAAGGUGCUAAUAUCGGAACGGUGUCUCCGCGAUCUGCAGACCCAGGCUAGAGAGCAGCACGGCGAAACGGGAAAACGAACUCAUGAUGUUGCAUUUGGCGAAGCCGAAAAUUUUCUUCAUCCAGAGCCGCGGUCACCGGGCGCCAAUUGGCCGAGUCCAUUCACACUACCCUCAAUGACGAUGAGAAACACCCAUGAUAACCGAUCUCAAUGGGUCUGGCUGGCUCCAACAUCCACCUGGUCCUUUACCGCUCGCCUCACUCUGAUGAUGACCCAAAGACUUCAUCCAGACGUCGCCUACGAUAUUCCAUACUUUUUGGAUGGUGACAUCUAUCCCUUACAGUGGAAAACGUCUUCCGAUACCGCUCCCGACAUUAGCGGUCUUCCAUCAAUGGACUACGCUCUAUAUCUCUUCAACACAGUCAAGUUUCGUUUGGGCCAAACCUUUCGGCUUCUGGAUGAGGAGGCUUUUACCUCGCACAUGCAGGAGUUCUACUACGGUGAUGCAGCAAAGAAGGUAGCUGACAAUCCGCUAUGGUUUGUUCAAUUCCUGCUAGUGCUGUCCUUUGGAAAAGCAUUCCUCGAGCAGUCCAGGAAGAAGGAUCCGCCAGGUGCGGAAUACUUCAUUCGUGCCAUGUCAUUGAUGCCGGAUUAUAGCUCUAUUUGGGGGGAUACUCUUCUGGCAACUGAGAUUUUAGCCCUGGCUGCUUUAUAUCUCUAUUCAAUUGAUCGACGAGAGUCGGGGCACCUUUUUGCUAGCCAGGCCAUCCGUAUCGCACAGUUAGAAGGCUUGCACACGGAACUUCCAGAGGAAGAGCUUGGGUCAGCAACUCUUGAUCGCUGCCGCAACCUUUGGUGGACUCUAUAUAUCAUGGAUCGGCAUUUUUCUUCGUCGUUGGGCAUCCCGAUGAUCGUGCACGAUAGUGACAUCACAGCACUGAUUGAGUCGCCAACACAGUCAUGUCAGAGAAACGCAACACUAAGUCUGAGGGUGAAAUUGUCACGGCCAUUGUCCACCAUUCUGGGCACCGUAUACAGGACUGAAAGGCGGCCUAUCGAAUCAUUCAUUGAAAAGACAAAAUCCAUCCUGAACACAAUGGCAGACCUGGCCAGGGAAUUGGAGGAGUUCAUCAAUACCAAGUUCUCGAGCCCAGUCAACUCCAUGUCCAAGGGGAUGCGUCAUAUCCUCUUACUAUAUCAUCAAUGUGUUAUUUUUGCCACACGACCUUUACUUCUUGCGGUUCUCCGGGAGCGUCUGGACACACUUGGUCUCCCAUCAGAAUGUUGUCGACGAAUCGUGCCUCUUAUGGAGACAUUGAUUACAACAGGAAUAAACUCUGCGACCAAAAGCCUGCAGUUACUCAAAGCCUUGGUUGACGAGGGCCUCCUAGAAUCCUUCCUUCCAUUCGACAUUGAAUUCACAUAUGGCGCUGCUAUUCACCUCACAAUGGCCAGUACACUUGUCCCGGAUUUAACGGGGCAGCGCGGCUCCAGCCAACAGGCGCAUUUAAUCCUUGACGAGAUCAUCAGCAAAGGGAACCGGGUGGCUGAAGUUCGCAAAACCGAGCUCGCUCGUUUAGAGACCCUCUUCGAGGGACUAAAACAGCGGUAUACAAACGCGAAUCCGAUCAGCACCGCUUCAGCAGAAACAAACGAUGGUGAACAAACCCAGGUAACUGACACCAUGCCUGGUAAUAAUAGGCAGAACGAGAACUCGCAGUUGCCGUUUCUACCAGGGGAUCUCAACGUCUCGGACGACCAGGACGAGCUGCCUGAGAUUGGCUUGUCGUCUUAUGAUAUUGCCGCCAUUGUGGAUCAAAUUGAUUACAGUGCUAGUCCGUCUUUCUGGCUAGCCCAGGAGGAUUUGGAAUGAUAUCCGUGAACUUAAGCCUGGAUAUUUUUAAGCGUGGCCCUCAACCUGCUAUUGGACACAAGAUACCUUGCUGGGGAGACCGUCAAGGCUCAUGCCACUAGAUAUAAAUGAAUUACAAUGACCAUGUUCCAC